UCGUUGAGUUGUUUUGUUGUAAUAUUUUUGAAUAGUGGGUCUUUAUGUGGAGAUCAGAUGGCGCCAACCAAAAGUGCAAAAAACGGUAGAGUUACCAAAGACUUGGAAAUAGUUGGGAAGACUGUUUUAAUCACCGGCGCAAACACCGGAAUAGGUUUAGAGACUGCAAUUGAUCUUGCGCAACGAAAAGCUAAAGUCAUAAUAGCUUGCAGAAAUUCACAAAAAGCAGAAUCGGCGAAACAAAAAAUUAUAGAAGCAUCGGGCUCAAACAAUGUCGUUGUGAAACACCUAGAUCUGGCAUCAUUCGAGUCGAUCCGAAAAUUAGCUGCUGAUAUAAAUGCGUCUGAAGAACGACUUGAUGUAUUAAUAAACAAUGCAGGUCUUGUUUUAUCAACAUACGAAGAAACUGCAGAUGGAUUUGAAAUGCAUUUUGGAGUCAAUCAUCUGGGGCAUUUUCUCCUUACGAGUUUACUUCUAGAUUUGUUGAAACGAAGUGCUCCAAGUAGAAUUGUCAACGUUGCUUCCUCUGGCCACCAGGCUACUACUAUCAAUUGGAAUGAUCCAAACAGGAAACAUAAUUUCAAUGGACUGGAAGCAUAUUGUCAAAGCAAAUUAAUGAAUGUAUUAUUCUCAAGGGAACUCAGCAAAAGACUUGAAGGUACUGGAAUGACAUCUAAUAGUUUACAUCCUGGUGUGGUGGAAACUGAGCUCAAUCGUGAUAUGGGAUGUUGUAGAAUGUCAGGAUUUCUGGCAUGCAUGACAACGUGUAUAUUUACUUUAUGUCCGUGCAUUUUAGUCGAUGUAGAGAAGGGAGCACAAACUUCUGUUUACUGUGCAAUCGCUCCGGAACUGGAAACUGUAACCGGAAAAUAUUUCAGUGGCUGUAAAGUUGUGAGAGAAGCAAGUUAUGCUAGAAAUGAUAAAAGUGCAAGUAAGUUAUGGAAGAUGAGUGAAGAACUAACUGGACUGAUGAAUGAAAAUUGAACCUGAAGCAAAAUCAGAAAAAGAAUGACUAAAUUACCUUUGAAAACGUUGGGUCGGAUUCACAAACACUCAACUUUACUAUUCAAUUUUGAUUCUCAAGUUUACUAUAAAAAUCACUGACUUUCCUCAUGAAAUACGUCCGUUUUCAUAUUGUAGAUUUGGUAUAGCGUGCGAUUUUCUCAAAAAAGAGGGCAUUGUACAUGAACUUUCAGCGGUCUCCAACACAGUAAAUUAGAUUGUUUUUA